UCUUCGUUUUUAUGUGAUAAUACAUGAGGUUUUUUAAAGGUCACGUUUUCAAAUUAGGACAACUUGAUUUUUAUUGUAUUAAUAAUCGUUAUGUGCACUCCUUUUGCAGAUAAGAAAAAAAGACUGAAGCCAGGAGCGAUACCAUCCAUAUUUCCAUUUAAUAAUUCGCAAAGUAUCAGAUCCGAUGAAGUGGAGGACGAGUCUCAAGCAAAUGAAGCAGUGGCAGAGAAACAUGAAGACUGCGCUGGAGAGAGCCAAAAAGAAAGUACAGCUUCCCAGUGUGAUAUCACUACACCAUCAUACACAAGAGAAAGCAUCAUGCUGUACCAGAAAAAUGCAAAGGCUGUCCAGUAUCAAACUAGAUUUAGUCAUAUUGAACAUUUCAUGUUGUUUUUCAAUGGCCCGCCUUGGGCCAGCAGCUCACCACUUGAAUUUUAAAUGUUUGUCACCAGGGCCAAUGUUUUUUGAUCAUUAUGAAACUGAGACAAGCCUUUGACGAUUAUUUAGCUCUCGAGCCGUUUUAAGCUAUCGGUAACAAAGGUGUCAGAAAUAAUAAGCACAUGGAUCAACUUUGUUUUUCCAGCUCAGUGAAAUGAACAUUUGGCCAGAACGUGACAUUGUUGUCGACUAUA